AUGUCACAUUUCUUUAACAAAAAUAAUAAAAUUGACCAUUCAUUUUUAAAUAAUUUUAAAGGAUUGCCUUUUAACCCUCCCAAUUUGAACAAUUACAAAAUGGAUAUUUUUAUAGCCUCUUCGAUAGGCAAUUAUUCUCUUGUUGAGGAAUACAUCCUCAACAACAAAGCAUCUGUGAACUACAAAAACAACAAGGGAUGGACCCCACUUAUGUAUAGUGCUCAAAGUGGAAAUAUGGACGUCUGUAAACUUCUUUUGAAAAGUGGGGCAAAUCCAGAAGAAAUCAACAAUGAAGGACAAAAUGCAAGAGAUUUGGCUGCCAAUUGGGGUCACCAAUGUGUGGUUACCCUGAUGAACGAAAACCUUCGAGCAAUUCUUUAUGCAAAAUUUGGUGAUAAUAUUCAAUUGGAGGAUGAACAGAAUAAUGGCGAAUAAUUGACAAAUAAAAUAUGAACUCAUUUGUUUUUAUAAAUUUAUUUUUGACGUUAAAUUUGUU